AGAGGAGGAAAAGAAUCAAGUAUGGCAGCCAAGGAGAAACCUGGUGUUAAGAGCAGUACCUCCAUUGUGCCCUGCUUUCUGUUUGUAGAGCUGGUGAUCAUGGCAGGAACGGUUCUCCUGGCGUACUACUUUGAGUAUACGGACACCUUCCCCGUGCACAUCCAGGGUUUCUUCUGCUACGACAAGGCAUUCUCCAAACCUUAUCUGGGUCCAGAGGAGAACAGCAAAGUGCCACCGGUCCUCGUGUACUCGCUGGUUACUGCCAUCCCUACCAUCACGAUUCUGGCUGGAGAGUUAAUGGCGUUUUUUAUGAAGUCAGAGAGAAUACGAGAAAAGACAAUCGUCACAGCAGACUGCUGUUACUUCAAUCCUUUGCUGAGACGCAUCAUACGAUUUCUAGGUGUCUACUCCUUUGGCCUCUUCACGACCACUAUAUUUGCCAACGCUGGCCAGGUGGUCACAGGAAACCAGACUCCUCACUUUCUGUCUGCAUGCCGGCCAAACUACACAGCACUGGGCUGUCACACCAAUCUCCAGUACAUCACGGAGCGCCGAGCCUGCACGGGAAACCCACUCAUAGUGGCAUCUGCUCGCAAAUCCUUUCCAUCCAAGGAUGCUGCGCUGAGUGUGUAUUCUGCAGUCUACACAGUGAUGUAUGUGACACUGGUGUUCAGGACGAAGGGAACUCGUCUGACAAAGCCAACCGUCAGUCUGACCCUACUGUGCCUUGCCAUGCUGGUGGGAGUAGUAAGGGUGGCUGAAUACCGCAAUCACUGGGCUGACGUCCUUGCUGGAUACUUUACUGGGGGAGCCAUCGCUGUGUUUUUGGUAACCUGCGUAAUUAACAACUUUCAGCAGACUAGGUCUCCGUCUCCAGCUGUGCGACCCCAGCGUCCUGAAUCUGUGCUGGGCAUGCCUAUGGUGACGUUGCCCUGUGUGGAGAGUCCACUCGAAAAACUUCAAGGGGAUCUCCAUUCACUGAGAUCACAUGACCAUCAGCCUUAUCGGUUCCCCGCCACUCCCGAUGUCCUCAUACCGUCUCGCUCCAUUUCCAGCGAAGUCUAGACCAGCCGUUUGAGCACGCUCAGCAGUGCGCCACAGCCCACACCGCCGGACGCUACACCAAUCUGUACCGCUCCUACUCGACGCAGGUCUAGACAUCUUCCUCCUUGCUUCACUCCUCAUUUCAUGUCCUCGUUUCAUGCACUUAGAGCUUCGGCACAUCUCUCAAACAAACUUAUUGGAGCAGUCGUUUUUCAGAAAGCUCAGCU